CGCUUUCCUAUUCGCCGCCGGCGGCUUUGCCCUUUUCCAAGAUGGUGGGCCGGCGGUUCCUCAGGGCCGUCAGGUGGUGAGGGCUGAAAGGCGGCGGCGGCGGUUCCUCCUCAGUCCCGAGAAGAUGGCCGAGAGCGAGCGGCAGCCGGAAGCCUCGGAGGAGACCCAGCCUCCCCCUCCAUCCCAAACGUUCAUGAUCCCCAGGAAGGAAAUCAACAUGGUUCCUGACAUGGCAAAAUGGAAGCGGUCCCAGGCGUACGCUGACUACAUGGGAUUCAUUCUCACCUUGAACGAAGGAAUCAAGGGAAAGAAGUUGACCUGCGAAUAUAAAGUCUCGGAGCCCAUCGAAAAGCUAGUCACGCUCCUCAACACACUGGAUCGGUGGAUCGAUGAGACGCCCCCCGUGGAUCAGCCUUCUCGCUUCGGGAACAAAGCUUUCCGGACGUGGUAUGCAAAAGUGGAGCAGGGGGCAGAAUCCUUGGUGGCAACGGUCGUCCCCAAACAGCAAGCUGACGCCGUGCCCGAGGUGGCGGUGUACUUGAAAGAGUCCGUUGGCAAUUCGACUCGCAUCGACUAUGGCACAGGCCACGAAGCGGCCUUCGCUGCCUUCCUUUGCUGCCUCUGCAAAAUCGGCGUCCUCCGGCUGGACGAUCAGCUGGCCAUCGUCUUCAAAGUCUUCAACAGGUACUUGGAAGUGAUGCGAAAACUCCAGAAAACCUACCGGAUGGAGCCAGCUGGCAGUCAAGGGGUCUGGGGUCUGGACGACUUUCAGUUCCUCCCCUUCAUUUGGGGAAGCUCUCAACUGAUUGAUCAUCCCAGCCUGGAACCCCGGCACUUUGUGGAUGAGCGGGUGGUGAACGAGCAGCGUAAGGACUACAUGUUCCUCGAAUGCGUCCGGUUCAUCACAGAGGUGAGGCUGGGAUUGCGCCUUCCCUUCCCUUCCUUCGAGCUGAACUUUUGCGGAGCAGAGACAGAGGAACCAUUUACAAAAGGCCGAUUCUCUUGGGAACAGAGAGGCAGGAACGCAGCGUCUAUGAAGACGGGGCCCUUCCCUGAGCACUCCAACCAGCUGUGGAACAUCAGCGCCGUCCCUUCAUGGUCCAAAGUCAACCAAGGUCUCAUCCGGAUGUACAAAGCGGAGUGCCUGGAGAAGUUCCCCGUCAUUCAGCACUUCAAAUUCGGCAGCCUGCUUCCUAUCCAGCCUGUCGCACCUUAAGGAGCUCUGUUGGUGAUGGAACAAGGAGGUGGGGGGAGCCCUGGAGAACGGCGGGGGAGGGGGAGGGCUCCCCUUCCUAGUCACCCCAAAACCCUGCCGCCCUUGAUGCUCCUUCCUUUCGGCAGGAGCCUGGCAGGGCACAACUGUCCAAGAAGAUCCUGGCAUUGGCACACACACAAAAAAAGAAAAGAAAAGAAAAAAAGGCAAGAGGUGGACUUCACUCGGGCCAUGCAAUGGUCCCCCUCUUCUGCACCCCUUUUUUCAUUUGCCCCAGGAUGGUUGGUGUUCUUAAAGUUGGGGCGGGUUUUGCCUCUCUGAGCUGUGCUGUAUAUUUUACUGGGGAAAUACACAAGCUUUGAACUUAAGAGUCAAGCUGGACGUGCUGGCAUUCUUCCCAAGGCUCCCUUCCCAAUCCUUCCCUUUUCCCCCCUGAUCCCUUUGGACAGGGAUCUCCAGAACUGGCCACCUGAAGACUUCUGGACUUCAGCUUCUAGAAUUCCCCUGCUAGCUUUGAUUUUGGAUCCUUCCCAUUCAGGGGACAGGGGGGGUGUUAUUCCCCUCACCACCCCAGAGAGAAAGCUUCCAUACCUGUGUUUCACAACCUCAGCAGCUUUAAGAUGUGUGGACUUCCAACUCCCAGAAUUCCCCAGCCAGCAUGUGCUGUCUCCAGUUGGGGAAACCACGUUUGAAGGGUUCAGACGAACUGGGGGACAAGUUCAAAGAAAAGCAGCAAAACGCAUUGUCUCUUGCUAGCCUACAUCAAGAAAAGAUUAUAGGUUUCGAGUCCCAGAUGCUGCUCAGUGCCUGGUGAAAUUGACUAGACAGGAAGAUGAAAUUGACUAACUCUUGCUCUUUGUAAGAUCUGGAAAUUGGCUGGGGCUCAAUUUCAAUUCGACAGGGGUUCUAGAUCUUGAGCAAUCUGCUUUUCCCUGAAUUUUGCUUCUUCCAGGAAAAUGGUUGGGCAGAGGGCAAAAAAAACAACAACCAAAAAAAACACCACCCCACCAUUUUGUAAUGUUUGCAAAAACGUAACCUUCAUCUAAAUAGGAGAAUGAUGCCUAUUUACGGUGCACAAAAUGGACAAAACGGGAAAUAACUAAAAUGGAAAUAUCUAUGCUGGCUGGCGAAUUCUGGGAGUUGAAAAAUCCCCACACCUUAAAAAUGGCUGAGAUUGAGACACACUGGAUUGAAGUUAGCAAAGUUUUGCCAACUAAAACCACAGGCUCUGCGUUCACAGGGCACCCCUAACCAGAUCAGGGGAAGAUGGUUGCAUUCACACAAAAGCCUAGAGCAUGCAGGCUAGGGUAUCCUGGGAGUUGAAGUCCAUGCAUCUUAAAAAAACCACCAAGCUUGAGAAACACUGCUCCACACAACGGCAGCCACUUUAUUUUGAAAGUGUGGGGUGUUUCUGAGCCCCUUCCCCAGCUGGAUAUUUAGCAAGGAGGGGGAGAUUUACUCAUGGACCCCCAAGGAAACAUGGAAUCCGGUCCUUAAAAGGGAGUUGGGUCAGAAAGGCCUGCUAGGCAAGCUUGAUCUGACAGCUUCCUGGCCAGAGCAGUGCCUCCCCUCCAACCCACCUGGAGAAACUCAAGAGUAACUUGAGGGAUUGGCUAAUAUAUAUUUUUUUCCAUGUAGACCAGUGAGUUCUAGAUUUCCCCCCUCCUCCCCCCAAAAAAGGACGAAAUGCUACACCUCACCCCCAAUUUUAAUAUUGUCCAUCUCUUUUGGCCAAGGAGCCAAAGGCUUUAAAUUACACCUUGAAAACAUUUUGGUGAAAAACAGCCCGCCUCAAAAAGAAAAACCCCAAAACACACUCCGUGAAAAUAUUUCUGAUUUGUUUAUUUAUUUUUCUUUCCAGUCAAGUCUAAAAAUAACAACAAUUUUUUUUUGUAUCUCUCAGUUGAAGUUUAUGGGGAAUACAUUACCUCCCCCUCCCCCCACCUUCCAAGUGACUUGAAAGCGGGGGGGGGGAUCCCCAAUUUCUGCUAAAGGCUUGCCUCCAUUUCUAAUUCAACCGGUUCUGUAAUUUUGUUUUGUUUUAUUUUAUUUUUCCUGGCUCCUUGCAAAAACUUGUCAACCCUGUUUCUCCAAAAUUGGGGGGGGGGGGGAAUUCCAAGAAACUGCUUUGCCAGUUGAUUCCAUUUUAAAGGAGCCCCCCCCCCCUUUUUUUUUUUUUUUUUUUUUACCAAAAUGUCCAGCCUGAGGCUGAUUUGAGAGGGGCAGGUGGUUGUGGGUAACUUCAAAGGGCGAUUCCUAGUAAGUAGUGGAUUCCACCCGCCCGCUGAUCUCUUUGAGGGAUCCUCGGUACUCUCUGAGGUUGAUGGUUUUCUUGCAGAUGUUUCACGACCCAGCUAGAUAACGUCAUCAGUGUGAAGUGAGUGGGGUUUGCAGAGAGGAAGAGGAGGAAGAAGACAGUGACAACUGUGGGGCCCUUGGUGCUCUCUCAUCUUAGUAGUUUUCUUGCAGAAGUUUCAUUACCCAACUAGAUUAUAUCAUCAGUGCUAGAAGCAAACUCCACUCCUUUAUAGCACUGAUGAUGUAACCUAGUUGGGUGAUGAAACGUCCACAAGAAGAAAAAAACCCAGCUUAGAGAGGACCCAGGACCCCUCAUGUUAACCCUGAGCUACAAAUAUUUCUCCUUUUACCAGCUGAUCUCUUUUUCUAGCUUUCCCGUAGUCUACUCUAGAGCAAGAAGUUUAGCCCUCUUGCAAUUACACUUGGAAUGGCCAUGCAUAGACACACACACACACACACACCAAUGCCUUUUGAAACUGUGAUCAAAGCAAGCGGCAGCUUCCCCGGGCAAGCUUGCAAAUGGGGGGGGCGGAGUGUGGGAUUUUUGCAAACCCUGCAUGUGUCUACUCAGCCCCCACCAGGGAGGAGUCAUCCCCUCCCCUCUCCUCCCUCCCCCUCAAAAUGUCCACCUUUGCCUGUUUCUGCUCAACACCAAGGAGUGACGGCCUCGACACCGGGGAGAGCUGCACCUUCCAUUAAAUAGGAUUGGCCUCUU